AUGUGUGCAACGUCUUCAUUCUUCCACACGCGCGUGCCACAGGUUGUCCGGUGGGUGGACGGGAAUACCUGGACGGUAGAUGGGACGGGAGAAGAGAUGUCUGAUGAGCUGGGUGGCGUAGACUUUAGCUAUUACGGAGCACCUAGAUAG